AUCUGUAGGUCCGCGACGUAGUCCAUUCACAGCUGAUUGCAGCUGAUGUGGGUGAUUAUCUGACUGCACCGGCGUUUGUUUAUAAUUUAUGUAUAUGUGACAUGUAAGACGUAGGACUUGAUAGAAUUUCUCUGACAAUGCAUACUAACGUUCUGAGUGCAUGCCGAGCCGCGUAAGACUCGAAAACAAUAGGACGAAAACGGACCUCUCGUCGAUGAUUCAUGCGAGUACUUUCUCUUGGCGGUAAGGUUAUGUCCUUGAUCGUUGGUUGGACGACGGGUGCGACAGUAUUCGGAUAUACGCGUUUCACCGGCGCGCGAACACUCUCGCGAUGAUGAGGGCUGCCGGUGUGCUGGAUGGCCGCGAGUUCGGCAAGCGCGUGCGUCGUGUCCUGGACGGCAAUUACUCGUACCGUAAGAUCCUCCUGAUUGUCCUGGUAUGUGGCGGUCUGCUGCUGUACUUUGGCCCGCCCUUCGCGCAAUGGCUCUUCUCCUCCACCAGGGAGCCUAUAGAAGCAUUUGAAGAUCGUUGCAUGAAUGAGAGAUUGGCUAGUUUCUACUUUGAUGCUGUUGAAUAUAAUGCAAAUAUUCUGCACAAUCCACCUAAGGAAAAUGAACAUUCUUAUCUGCCAUAUAUUGGCAAUGGUAUUUUCGGAGUUCCCAUUUCUCCAGAAGCCUGGCUGUAUAUUAAACAUAGAAGAGCACUUUUACUGCCUGUACAGUGGCAACCACUGAUCAUGCAUCCUAUACCAAAAGAUAGUUUUUACCGAGAAGCAACCGUUGUUCAUUUUACAAACGGAAUUGUUUAUAAGUAUCAGUGCCUUAGAGAGGGUUAUCACAUGGAAUUUCAAUAUUAUGCACAUAGAAGUCUCGACGGGAUUUUGGUGCAGACUGUAAAACUCUCUAAUCCAUUUUCACUUUCUCAAGAAAUAUCACUGAAACCACAGGAAUCUAUCCAUUGGAGUAAUUCUCAUAUUGAACCCAUCAGAAUUCAGGUCGAUGGAUUUAAUCAUGAGUACUCCUUCUUGUCUGGAUUCGUAUCUGCACCCAACUCCAACAAGAUAAUAGUUGUAUCAAUAAUUUACAAGGUUCCACCUAAAACAGUACAGGUGAAAGCACGCAGUUCUAUUAAAUUGGAGUUUCUGUCAAGUAUUCAAUACAGCGAGCCAAUCUUGUCCGAGCAUUAUCACAUAGAACGUGAGGCGACUAAAAAGAAAGCAAUUGAAUUUAUAAGAAAGGCGAUUAUGUAUCAGCAACGUCUGAGAGAGGAGCAUGUAAAUCUCUGGCAGAGUUAUUGGUACACAAGUUUAAGGAUAAGUGAUUCUAAGGCUGACGGUGCCAUCAAUGGUCACAAGAUUAAUUCUACCAUGUAUUACGUAUUAUCUCAAGUUUCGCGGAGUGUUCAAGAUGUUGAGAAAAACAUUGCUAUGAACGAAGGUUGUUAUCGGGGUCAUCAUACCUUGGACGCUCCUCGCUUAUGGAAAGAUACCUCGACCAUCGACGCCGUGAACGAGAUAGUCGAGGCAUGGUUGAUAACAUUGGAGAAACAAGGUUGCUAUCAUCUAGUGAUCGGAGGUCCUGCAGCUGUACAGCAGGCAAUCGUGCUGAGUCUCGGCAGCCUGAGAUUCAGUAACCAACAUCUCGAAUUUAAUAUCGAUCCUCAAUAUCUUCAUCGCGAUUAUUUGUUUAGGCGUAUAAGUUACGGAAAUUUAACACAUGUCAAUAUAUCCGUAACGGUUGGUGAAGAUAAUCGCGCGAUAUUAGGAGUAGCUUUGGAUAAAAGUGAUAGCGUUUAUUUCGGAUGUGAUGCCGGUUGUUUGGACGCGCCAGUUCCUCUCGACCAGACUUAUACAAAUUUUCCCGUAAAGUUGACAAAGCCACUAACCGCGAUACUUUACAUAACAUCUGAUCAUCAACAUAUGCAAGAUCUUCGUAAUGCUCUGCACGUACAUGAAGUAGAUGAUGCACCUGCACAUGAUCACCAGGUAAUGGCUUUGCACAAGCAUGGACAUCAACUCGGAGGCUUGCCCACAUUAUUCUGGGUUAGCAUAUGUUUCCUGAUAAUUGUGUUCCAUUUGUUUUUAUGUAAAUUAAUUUGUAACGAGUAUUAUGGCCAUCAGGAUCGGCAGCGAGUUCGAUAUAAUAAACCGUGAUAUAAUUGUACAUAAUUUUCUUGUU